CCGGCCGCAGCCCAAGCGGGCACCUCGGUGUUUACACGGGGCGGCCCCGCGCGCGCCGCAGCGGCCCGCAGACGGAGAGGGGGAGGGGUGGCGCGCGCGCCGGCGGGGCCGCGCGGGGAGAAAGACACUGGAAGGCGGCGGGGCGGAGAGAGGCGCGCGCGGGCCGCGGCCGAGCAGGAGGCUGCAAGGAGAGCCCGCGGGGGCCUUGGGAGUGCAGUUCCUCAGCCCCCGCAAAACAAUGUGUGGCGUGCUGCGGGGUGCAACUUGCCGGAGGCGGCGGGGGCGCGCCGAACCCGCCUGAGACCGCGCCGCUGACCUUCUCCCCCCGCCGUCCGUUGGGCCCGAGCGCCCAGCUUCUCGCUCCCCAGCUCGCGGGGGCCGGGCCGAGCUGCAGGGCGGGGCCGCCCCUCCGUCGCUGCUGCCUCCUCCCCCACCCCCAGCCGCUGAGGAUGCGGACGGCCCCCGGCGGCGUCUAGCGGCCCCGGGCCCAGGCGCGAUGGUGCAGCAGAGGGGCGCGAGGGCCAAGCGGGACGGCGGGCCGCCGCCCCCGGGGCCCGGGCCGGCCGAGGAGGGGGCGCGUGAGCCCGGCUGGUGCAAGACCCCGAGCGGCCACAUUAAGAGACCGAUGAACGCGUUCAUGGUGUGGUCGCAGCACGAACGGCGGAAGAUCAUGGACCAGUGGCCCGACAUGCACAACGCCGAGAUCUCCAAGCGCCUGGGCCGCCGCUGGCAGCUGCUGCAGGACUCGGAGAAGAUCCCGUUCGUGCGGGAGGCGGAGCGGCUGCGCCUCAAGCACAUGGCGGAUUACCCGGACUACAAGUACCGGCCGCGCAAAAAGAGCAAGGGGGCGCCCGCCAAGGCGCGGCCCCGCCCCCCCGGCGGCGGCGGCAGCCGGCUCAAGCCCGGGUCGCAGCUGCCUAGCCGCGGGGGCCGCCGAGCGGCUGGAGGGCCUUUGGGGGGCGGCGCGGCGGCGCCCGAGGACGACGACGAGGACGACGACGAGGAGCUGCUGGAAGUGCGCCUGGUCGAGACCCCUGGGCGGGAGCUGUGGAGGAUGGUCCCGGCGGGGCGGGCCGCCCGGGGACAAGCGGAGCGUUCCCAGGGGCCGUCGGGCGAGGGGGCGGCUGUCACCGCCGCCUCCCCGACUCCGUCGGAGGACGAGGAGCCGGAGGAAGAGGAGGAGGAGGCGGCGGCGACGGAGGAAGGCGAAGAGGAGACGGUGGCGUCGGGGGAGGAGCCGCUGGGCUUUCUGUCCAGACUGCCCCCCGGUCCUGCCGGCCUAGACUGCAGCGCCCUGGACCGCGACCCAGACCUGCCGCCCCCCUCGGGCACGUCGCACUUCGAGUUCCCGGACUACUGCACCCCCGAGGUUACCGAGAUGAUCGCAGGGGACUGGCGCCCGUCUAGCAUCGCCGACCUGGUUUUCACCUACUGAGCCCACCGUCAGCGGGGCGCGCACGCCCCCUAAACCAGCUGUUUACAUACAGGAAUCAGGUAUUGGGGCCCCUCGGAGGCCGAGGCUGGCACCCCAUCUCCCGCACAGCCUCCCCCCUCCUAGACGUGCCCAACCCCCUUCAAAUCCAGACAUGCCCUUCCCCCGCAGACACACCCCAAGGCAGCCCAACCCCCACCCUUUCUCCGACAUCCAAGCCCCUCCCCAUCUUACCCCCUCCCGCACAGCCACCAGCAGCCAGCCCCCCCUCCGAUACACCUCCCGUCCUCUCCAAGAGACCUGUACCCCUCCCCCAUUUUGCACACGCCCUUCCUCACGGCCGGAGGACACGCCCCUGCCCUUGCUCCGGACUCCCUCCGCCUUAGCCUGGCCCGCCUCCUGUCUUGUUUGGGGGGGCGCUGCAGCUGGGCGGCCCCGCGCCCUCCUCCCUUGCCCCUCCCUCCCAGGGAGGGGGAGGGGCCCGUUCCUUUUCCCCGGGAACACUGGGAUCCGCCCCCUUCUCGCGCAUGCUUAAUGCUUCUUGGGAGGAGGGAGCUGGUCCCAGUCGAACCUCACGCCCCUGUCAGAUCCAGGAAGAAGGGGGGCGGAUAUAGAGCGAUCCUGAGAAAUCUUUUGAUCCAGGAGCCACGGCUUCCGUUCAACCCGACGGGGCGUCACUGCCUUAAAUGGGAGGAGCACUCGGAAGGGGGAGAAAGAGACUAGCCGGCCCGGAAGGGUUGGUGUGGAGCUUGGAACUCCCAAGUGGCAUAGCCCCUUUUCCCUUACGGGGUCGCCCAACCCACGUGCACCCACCCCUCACCGACUGCAUGACUGCCUCUACAGCUUGUUUUGGUUCCAAGAAGCCUACCUUUCUUUCCCCCACCUGGGAAUUGGGGGCAGGGUCUUUCUCUGGAAAUCCUUCAGGAGAGAAAGAGAAAACUCAGAACCAAGACACGUAACAGUUUGUUUGGGGACAGGGUCCUUAUGCUUCACACGCCCCCCCCCCCCAAGUGCCCUUAUCACCUCAGGGCACACUCUCAGCCUGGGCUCCUUCCUAAGCCCACCGCCCCUUCCUGUCAUCCAGGUCCCUCUGCCUACAGUAUUCAGUGGGAGAAACUGAGACACGUUGGUACUAGGGGGUUGAGACUGAGGCGUAAUAGCAGAUGAAGUGGCAAGAAGAGCCCCACUUUUCAGCAGCUGGCUUCAGAGAGACCAUCGACUGGGCCAGUGAGACUGAAGGGAGGGUCAGAGUAGUCUUGGGCCGUUUGCGCCUAGCGCUGCUGCAUCCAGUUCGGGUGCCCUCGGAAACCCUGCCCCUGAUGCUGUUACCCCUGUUACUCCAGCUCCCCGCUCAAGCCCCGCCCCUCCGGCCUCCCCACGCCCCAUUUGCCCUCACUACCUGUAUCUCACCGGCGUGUGUUCACCCUCCUGGGUGUGCACACACUCUCAUUCACACACACAAAUCUCAGGAACAAACGGUCCCAGAGUCCUCCGGGACCCCUGCCCAGGGUCUCUGCAGGUCUCUGCCCCACGCGUUCCCGUCGCUGACAAAGCCACCAGCUGCCUCCUUUAAGCUUGGUGCUCCGGCUCUGGGCCUUUUUGCGCGCGCUCUCUUUCUCUCUUUUUCUCUCUCUCUCUCUUUUUUUUUUUUUUUAAGAAAAACAACAACAAAAAAGACAAUGAAAAAUCCCAGAAAACGUCAUGUGAGUGAAGAGAUGUCACUGUCUGUGGUCUUGGAGAACUAGUCUCAUAGCUGAGGGGAGGGGGCACUGGCACCCACAGCAGGACUUCUGCCAGGACUGAAUAAAGUGUAUUUGCCCCAUCUC